GAUACAUAAAUAUCACUUUUGCUGUUAAGAAAUGAAUCUGAAGGGUUGCUUGAUGGACUCAUAAAUUUACAUCUCGUGUAAAAGAAGACAUAAAAGAAAACAGGAUCGGCUGAAACUACCGCCAUCUACUGGCCUUUGGCGGAAAUGAGGAACAGCAUGACUGUGACUGCGGGUGGAGUAGCACUGGUUGUCUCCAUCGCCGUUUACUGUACACUGAAUAAAUACACUGGUAGAUUUCCUAGAAAUAACACUGACAUGACAUUGUGGGUGCGAUUUGGUGUGAGCCUCCCUUCGGUUAGACUUAUUUUGUCAUUACCAAAAGACAAUGGUUCCACAUAAAGAAUAGAAGAGUGGGCGGAGCCACUGAGCUUCGAGUCGUCCAGCGAACCUCGCACCGUCUGUUUUCUUUUACGUCCGCCGAGCACACAUAAUAACACGGCUCCGUGGGCUUGAACUUCAUUCGAGUUUGCUCGUUCAAAGAAGAAACUGUAACCAUGAGUGGAAGAGGCAAAGGUGGCAAAGGACUCGGUAAAGGAGGCGCCAAGCGUCACCGUAAAGUUCUCCGUGAUAACAUCCAGGGCAUCACCAAACCCGCUAUCCGCCGUCUGGCUCGCCGUGGCGGAGUCAAGCGUAUCUCCGGUCUGAUCUACGAGGAAACCCGCGGUGUGCUGAAGGUGUUCCUGGAGAACGUCAUCCGUGAUGCCGUCACCUACACUGAGCACGCCAAGAGGAAGACUGUGACCGCCAUGGAUGUGGUUUAUGCUCUGAAGAGGCAGGGCCGCACUCUGUACGGCUUCGGCGGUUAAAUUUAAUCGCCCUAAUCCAUCAAACGGCUCUUUUAAGAGCCAC